AGCAAAAGCCAAACACCACCUGCACCUCAGCAACAAACUCAUUUCCCCGAUCGAGCAGCUGCGCUAGCCAAAGCUUCACCACCUCUCCACCAGACUACAAACACCUCUUGACCGAUGGAGGUGGAGGCGUUCCCGAUAGGGUUCACCAAGGGCAUCCGCUCCCACUGGCGCCGCCGCAAGUACCAGCGCCUGGAGAACGGCGACGGCGGCACCAGGACCAAGAGCACGCAGCGCCUCGGCGGCGGCGCGCGGCGUUCCGGCGGGUGGCGCGUGCGGCUGCGCGGUCUGAUUCUGCGCCGUGUGCGCGUCGUCCGGGCGCUCGUCGCGUUGCCCGGGCGGCUGCUGUGCCGGCUGCGGGACGCGUACGUGGGCGGCAUGCUCGCUGUGGCCAGGAAGGCAGCGGUCACGGCGGGGCCUAGCGACGGGAUGUGCACGAAGCGGGUGCCAAGGCGGAAGCACCAGAAGCUGCUGCUUCCCGGGGCGGCGGCGGCGGCGCAGGGCCCGUCGGAGUUCGAGAAGCGACUGGUCUUGGAGAUCUACAAGUCCAUCGUCGCCUCCAAGGAGCUCACCACCAUGCUCCACUCCUCCACCGCGCACCUCCCCACAAACGCAGCAUGAGACUGAGUAGUGAGUAGCCAGGCAGGUCAGGCCCUUAUGUGGUCGAUGCGGUCUUGGAGAGGCUUGGCUUGAUGGUUCAGCACUCUUCCCGUCAAAGCUCAAAGUUUUUCUGCGGCGUUGGAUCCUCUUCACUGAAUCCCUGUCUUAUCUGUUUCACCUGCACACCAUCGAAAUUGUAUAUACAGAGUUUCAUUGACUUACUUCGUAU